AGGAGAUCGCAGUGCUCGCACUCGCCCUCGAGCCCGAGGAUCGCGUGCUCUUCCCCCAAACACUCAAAGCAGAAAGCAUGGAGAUCAUCGUCAGAGAGCUGCCUCUGACAAGGAGGGAGGACACAUAAUGAGAAACUCCACCUUCUUCAGUGACAAUAGAAGCUUCCUUCAAAAUCAUGACAUAUUUGUGAAAACAGGAGAGCAGUACAGAGGACACUGUUUUUACUGCGACACACACAAUAGUUAAGCAGAGAUUCAACAUUAUCCAAAUGAACAGCAGACGUAAAUCAGAUUUAAAUGCUUCAUGUCACAAUGAAGCAGCCGAGGUGGAGGAAGUGUGCACAGGUUUUCUAUUAAAGUCCCCUCCUCCUAGACAGAUAAAAAAUACGAAAUCAUGGAAGCGCCGCUUCUUUGUGCUUUCAAAGACAAAUGGCAGCUGCCAUGAAUUAAAAUACUACAAAUCCUCUGAGAGAGACAAACCUAUCAAAUCUAUACAAGCUUCCACCAUCACAAUGCUGCAAGUGCAUCCUCAAGCAAAUCCAGUUUUUGAAUGGAUAUGUAAAGCCUUCAAGUGCUCUCCGACCUCUGUGCUCUUCAUGAAAGCAGAAAAUCCAGGAGACAAGGUCCCAAGAGAUUUUUUCUUCAUUGGAGACAGGGAGGAUGUGGAUAAAUGGUUCAGUGCUUUAAUCGGGGCUAUAAAGAAUAACAAAACUGAGCCACAAACUGAACCUCAGAGCACGACAGAAUCCAACUCCAAUGACCAAAGCCCCUCUGACACUGAAGAGAAUGAAGUUGAUAGUAAACCUCCACUGCCUCCAAGGAAGAAGUCAGCAUGUGCAGAUGUUUCCAACCAGCACGGUCAAUGUAGCCAAUCACCCAGAAGGAGCCUAACUGCAACAGUGUAUGAAAAUCUGAAAGAAGAGGAACCACUGGAUGAGACUGCAGUGGAAAGCAAUGAGGACAUGUCAUCAGGGGAGAGUGUGACUGGUACAUCUGAAGACAGUCUGUUGUAUUGUGUCGCAAAAGCCCUCAAUAAUAUGAAGACACCACAAACAUCCACCGAGACAGAUGGACAAAGUGAAACGCACACCCUUAUCGAGAAGGAAAUCUGCAUAAGUCAUCACGAUGCAAACAGCUUGGUUAUUUCAGAGGAGGAGGGAAAACCAUGUGUAUCUGAAUGUGGGGAGACUGAGGCUUCAUCUCUGCUCCACAAGGGAGAUCAGAUCCUGGCUGUCAAUGACCUGUUGACAGACACAGUGGAGGAGGUACAAACAUACAUGAGAAGACUCAGCAAGAGCGAGGUAAAACUGACCAUUCGAAGGCUCCCAGGCUCCAUUCCUUUGAAUUCUGUACUCUGCUGAGGACACAAACAAAAUCUCAUGCUGUGCUAUGGUUCUUAUUUGGCUUUUUUAGGCCUUUCAAUUCUCUCUUAAAAUCAAUGUGAAUGUUUUUGUUUUUUUUCUCUGUGGGGAAUAGCACUGUGCUGGCAAUCAGUAGUCAAACAGAAUGAGUUAAAAGUGCUGUAAUGUAGAAUGACUUCUAGUCUCUUUGGUGAUUUCUGAAACUCUUCAAUGACAUUUAUGAUUUGUUAGUGCCAGACUGUACAGGCUGAAAGUAUUGCUUUUCACACAGCCCUGAAGGGCAUACAGGUUGUCAACAGUAAAACAAGUAGCUCUUGUUUUCUUGUGUGCACAGAGACUUGCUGAGCUUUUGUCAUUCCAAAAAUAUCAAUCACAGGAAUGAAUUGCUAUACUUGUCAUUUUGCACUAUCAGCAAGGUUGAGGCAAUAGAAACAUUAAAACAAGAUUUAAUAGAACUUUCUUCUAGCAGUAAAUUAAUGUUAGAUAGCAUUAAGAUAGGUUGAACAGUAUUUUUCUGAUCAUCUUAAAAUACCUGUGAAUCUUUGUACUGAAAUUGCAUUUAACUGCAGUAUAUUUUGUAGCCACAUGGUGGCAGACAAACACAAACUGAAUUAUAUUAAAACUUCAUCUUAUAUUCUUAUAACCUGAAUUCUGAUUGCUCCUGUCUGGCAUAUAAAUUCAUAUCCAAGUAUCUUUUAUUAUAUUACUUUGGCAAUUCAUGUGUUUUUAUAAACUGACAGCUGCAUUAUUGCAGUUGCAUUGAAACCUGUCAUGUUGGUAGAAAAUGCAUUUUUUAUUUUUUUCUAAUUUAAAUGAGGUUAAGAUAGUAUAAUGUAAUAAAUACAUGUAAAAGAAGAACUACUAAAGAACUG